CACCCCUCAUGCAAUCCCUAGUCUAGCCGCUGGUUGGGAGCUUGUUUGGCGUGCACCAACAACAUCCCUUGUCCGAGAUCCCCGAGCUACACUACCUCCAUCAAUACUGCUUCGAGGCGAGGAGCUUCUCGUGGCUAUCCUGCCUACCCGGUCAGGACCAGGAAGUCCCCUUGGCAUGAACGAGUAAGACUAUAUGAAGACAUGCAUAUAAAGGUGCAUGCUCUCCACGUCUCAAGGAUUGUCUACAAGAAGCUUUCUCAAGCACAUUUGGUUGCGACCACGCCCACUCUUCUACUAUUCAUCAACAGGCACACGUCUGUUCCGACAAGAUGUUUGGCAGAUCAAAGAAACUCGAGACCAAAACCCACGCGGUCGGCGCAGGACUUGCCGCUGUUCUUCCAGUCAAUGAAGCACCAUGGUACCAGCAGUCUCAUCUGCUUUAUCUCAACUUCUUAUGUGUCUCCAUGGCGUUGCUCACGGCGGCGAAUGGAUAUGAUGGCUCUAUGAUGAACGGGCUGAUGACGCUACCCCAGUGGUUCACCUUCAUGGACAAUCCGCGCGGCGCAUGGCUCGGUUUCAUCAACUCAGUCCAAGCUCUUUCCUCAACUGUCGCGUAUCCAUUUGUCGCAUACUUUGCCAACCGCUGGGGUCGCAAGAAGGGCUUGUUUGUUGGCUACGUUUUUAUUGUCGCUGGGUCCAUGUUACAAGGUUUUGGCCCCAACUCUACCAGUUUUAUCCUUGGAAGAGUUCUCCUCGGACAGCCCAGUGCAUGGUGGGGAGGUCUUGGACCACUUGUUGUUACAGAACUCGCAUAUCCAACACACAGAAGUUUUCUGACUUCUUCUUACAAUGCUGGAUGGUAUGUUGGCUCCCUCUUGGCCGCAUGGGCUACAUUCGGCACACGCAACUAUGCCAGCGAUUGGGCUUGGCGUAUUCCCUCGAUCCUGCAAAUCGCGAUCCCAAUUGUUGCUUUGCCUGCCGUUCUUCUGGUUCCGGAAUCACCGCGAUAUCUGAUCUCUAAGGGUCGCUCUGCUGAGGCUCGCGCAAUUCUUACCAGGUUUCACGCUGGCGGCGACGAAGGAUCGCCUCUUGUCGAGUUCGAGAUGAACGAAAUUGAGGUCGCAAUCGAGCAUGAUUCACAGAUAUCCAAUGGUACUUCCUGGAUGGAUCUAAUCUCCACCAGAGGAAACCGGCACCGCGCCUUUAUUUCGGUCACACUGGGUGCAUUCGCUCAGUUCAAUGGUGUCUCUGUGGUAUCUUAUUACCUUGCAGCUGUGCUCAAGACCGCAGGUAUCACAUCUAUCACCCAACAGACACUCAUCAAUGGCUGUCUCCAGAUUUGGAACUUGAUUCUGGCCAUCAGCGCUGCUGCAACGACGGACUCUGUGGGACGUCGACCCCUUUUCUUGAUCAGUUCCGCGGGAAUGCUGGUCUGCUUUGUCUCCAUAUCUGGCCUCUCAGGCGGCUUUGCAUCAACUGGAUCCUCUAGUAUCGGAUUGGCUGUCAUACCAUUCCUCUUCCUCUACUACGGCUUUUAUGAUAUUGCAUUCACGCCACUGAUCGUGUCUUAUCCCGCUGAGAUCUGGCCCUACCACCUCCGUGCGCGUGGUAUUGCGCUUACACAGCUUUCUACCUACCUGUCGCUCUUCUUCAAUAUCUUCGUCAAUCCCAUCGCACUGGACGCGAUUGCUUGGAAGUACUACCUCGUCUUUGUCGGUAUCCUCGUAAUCGUCAAUAUCACAGUCUACUUCUUCUACCCAGAAACUGCUGGGCAUUCCUUGGAAGAGAUGGCUAUUGUCUUCGACAAAGUGGAUGCUAUUCUCGGAACAAACGAGAAAGACAUGGAGGCGAUCACAGUAGAGAACAUCAAGAACCGACACGCAGUCUAGUGCGAGUCUCGAGGCCUCGGAAGAGAAUCUGUAUCUUGGUUGGUGCGAACAGAAGCUAUUUUGUAGAGAAUUAUGUCCCAAGAAGAUUU